ACGAGGCAGCAACACAACGCAUGCGCACUCGGAAUGUGAACCAAAAUGGCGGACACGGAAGGGGAAGAUGAAAAGCCUUUAAAACUUCCCCAAGAACAAGAUGUCAAAGAAGAAAAACAAGAGGAUCUACCGCCCCGCGGGAGGCUAGACAGACAGCGCUCAUAUAGCACUGUUAGCCUGGCCGCCAGGUCUAAACUCGCAUCGCUUAUUGAGCUUGCAAACGAAGCAACCGAGGGUGGACACGCUGACAAUAAGAAGGUUGCCGAUCAAGUGUUCGAUUCGCUUGUAGGUGGAAAUUUCGAUCUCGAGAGAAGGUUCAUCGUACAAGACCCGGCUGAUUUAGUGAUUGUAUUGGAGCUACUUGAACAUAGCAAUGACUCGCUAAAGGUUGAAAUUCUUGGAGUGCUCAUAGCAAUUCUGCGAAAGAGUAUACCAAAUCUGCAAGCUGCUACAAAAACUGGUUUGAUUGAGAGGGUUCUGGUUAGACUAUCCAAUGAGACAGAAAUUGUUGCCCAUAAACUUGUAGAGCUGCUUGGAGUUUUGUCUAGUUACAGCAUCACUGUUAAAGAACUGAAGAAAUUAUUGGCUUCCUUACAAGGAUCUGAUGAAAACUGGCCUCGUCAUGCCAUCAAAGUUCUUAAAGUGUUAAAAUUGAUGCUAGAGAAGCAUGGCCCUGAUGUCUACUUCAACUUCACGGGCCAACCUGAGGCUGCAAUCACCCUCCCACCCAUUUCCAAGUGGCCGCUGCAGAAUGGCUUCACAUUCUCAACAUGGGUGUGUCUUGAUACCUCACAUCUCUCCAAUGCUGAGACAUGCAAACCAUACCUGUACUGUUUCCGCACUGGCAAAGGUCUUGGCUACUCCGCACAUUUCUCUGGCCCAAUGCUUGUUCUUGAGGCAGCAGUGAAAGCCGGCAAGAAAGACAACAAGACCUACACUCAUCUUGUCAAGUUUGACUUUCAGCCUCAGAAGUGGUACAUGGUGACCGUGGUACACGCUUACAACCGUUUCCGGUCAAGUGAAGUGCGGUGUUUUGUAAACGGCAAGCUGGUAUCAUCCGGGGACUUGACUCUUCUCAGUACGCACGAGCCAUUUGACAAAUGUUACAUCGGAUCAUCGCCAAAGGCUGAUGCAAAGAGUGUGUUGAGUGGUCAAACAGGAGCGGUGUAUCUUUUAUCGGAGUCCAUUGCCCCAAAUACCAUAGCAGCCAUGCACAGACUGGGACCGGGGUACGGGGGUCAAUUCAAGUUCGCCGCAGAGAUCGAUAUACCACUCUCUGAACAGGACAAAAAGGUUUUGUAUGAUGGUCACUUGGCUUCCACGAUCAUGUUCAUGUACAGCCCAAAGGCGUGUGACCAGCAACUCUGUAUGGAGGCCUCCCCCACAGAGAACGCCUCCUACUUCUGCCAUUCACCACAUGCCCUCAUGCUCGAGGGAGUGCAAGCUGUGCAGACCCACUCGUUUCAGAGCGCCCUGAACUCCCUUGGCGGCAUUCAGAUUCUUCUUCCACUUUUUACGCAACUCGACUUUGUGCAAAAUGAAGACGGGUCAGAUGUUGACCGUACGAUCUGCGCUGAGUUGCUCUCAUUGCUCUCCGAUCUGUUGAAGAGUUCCUCCACCAGUCAACAGCAGAUGAUGCAAUGUCAGGGGUUCCUGGUCAUCAGCAACAUCUUAGAAAAGAUGCAAACAUCCCAUCUCACCGAGCAGUCGCUCAACAUUUUACUGUCCCUCGCAAGGCAUUUACUCUACACUCCAGGAAGCGGGGCACUUCUUGGCAAUCUACUGGACCACAUGAUGUUUAACCCCAAUCUGUGGGUGAAUACCCCUGCAAAGGUUCAGCUUCAGCUGUUCAGUGUGUUUGCCACGGACCUCGUGACUGGUCUUGGCUGUGCGGCGCACAUGCGCCGUGAGGUCGGUGUCACCAGGCUCAUGAACAUGCUCAAGAAAUACUAUUGGCUCGAUAGACCCCAUGACGUCAUCGCUGAUGGAGCGCCAGUGACUCCUUCGCGUCCUAACAAGGAAGAAGUUCGGUCGCUUAGAGCGUUCCUUCUUCUCCUCGUCAAACAACUUGUUCUGAAGGACCGCGGAAUUGCUGAGGAGGAAUUGCAGAGCAUCCUGGAGUAUUUGGUGGUCAAUGAGGAGGAGGGGAACAUCUUGGACGUCCUUCAGCUCGUCUUGUCAAUCAUGACCGAGCAGCCGGAAGUAGCAGUGGAUGCUAUCGACAAGGUCGACGGUUUUAGAGCGUUGUUCCGUUUCCUUGAUUCUUCCUUGGAAUCUAUUCGUGUGUUCACGCUCAAGAUCAUUGGCUGUUUUCUACAGCACUGUAACCCUCGUCGUAAAGUGGAGCUACUGCAGAAUUUUGGUCUGUUCUCUCUGAUUGGCGAGAAAGUGAUGAAGCAUGGCCUGACGCGAACUACCUACAACGUGUUGUUUGAGAUCUUGGUUGGUCGUGUCUCGAAGCAGAUUGUCAGUGGUCGUCACCCAGAGAUCGAUAACACCUUCGUCAUCAAUAAUUCAAGUCUAGCGGCAGUGAUUGUCAAAAUGCUACACGAGCAAGAUAUCAGAGAAAAACCUCUGCCCACCCCCAGGGAACCACCAGGAUCUCCCCUCCCCCCACAGGAGAAUGUGGACCUGAAAAGGUUAUUCUUAUCCGAUCUGGUGCUCCUCCUCAACCACAGCAAGGAGAACAGGAGUGUCAUCCUGCAGUUGUCGUGCUGGCAAGAGUGGCUCUUCUCGCUUGCCAUCAUGGAGCCCAAGACAAAAGAGGAACACCGUGUUACCGACACUGUCUUCUCCUUAUUCCGGAUGCUUUUGCACCAUGCCUUCCAGGAGGAACGCGAGGGCUGGAGGAUUUGGGUCGACACGCUUGCUAUACUCCACGGACUGGUAACCGCUUACAACAAAGAGAAGAGCAUCCGAGAGGCCGCAGCUGCAAAACGAGCCAAAGAAACCAAAGAAAAAAGCGACGCUCAUCUUAUCCGAUCCCGGAAACUCAUCCGGACAAAGAGUGACUCGGAGAUCGACGAGUCCAAGCGUCCGGACGCAAAACCGGACAGCGACCUGGAUCGCAAGAAGUUCUUUCAAGCUCUCCUGACCGGUAAGAGUUCAGGCACCAAAAGCCCAGAGCCUGCAGUACCUAAUACUAUACCAGAAGAGGAGUCAGCGGCGAAUGAGGCAUCGCUUUCAUCUUCUUUGACAGACGCCAAAAGUGAGAGCUCGACUGGUGAUACGCAAGAAUUAUCAAAUCUAAAUGGGGAUGAAUCAAGUGGAGCAAGGAAAGACAUCGAGAAACCCGAAGAUGAAAAUAAUUCUAUAGCAUCUAGAGUAACUUAUAAAGUAUCUGAUGAAAAUACGAGACCAAUUUCAGACGACGAAUCACGUAGUGAAACGGGUGUAAGUUCCGAUAUCAGAGGAGCCGAGGUGGCGGCCCUUAUCGAGGCCCAGAAGGCUGGGUCCCUGUCAGAUGGGGGCCCUGGUCACCCUGUGCCUGUCGCCACCGAGACGGAGGCUGGGCACCAAGAUGCCAAAAAUGUUGAAAAUGGGGACACAGCGGGAACUACUGCUAAUGAAUUCACGGAAGCUACUGCUGGUGAAUCAGUGAAUGAAAAACAGACAAAGAAAGGAGAAGUUGAGUUGAAUCAAGAGGAGACCUCAAAUGGUAAAACACCGGACUUUGCGGAAAGGACUACAAUGUCAGACGAGGCUGUAAUAGACCAAGACAGCAGUCUGACUGUUACAAUGAAAAGCUCGUUCAUCGGCUCUACUAGUGAGCCUGCACAAGAGGCGCAAGAAAGAAAAGCGUCUUCACAACCGGUCAGCGGCGUAUCCACACGCACGCAGUCGCCAGCAAGCACAGGAAACCCGUCAGAACCACAGAGUCCGAGCACAAGUGCUGCGGCCUCGCCAUCAGGCGGCGCAGAGGCUAAGGCGAGUCCGGAAGCCAACGCUAAGUACCGUGCUCAUGUAAAUAUCCCAGAGUUCCUUUGGUCCCCUAUGCACCAGAGGCUGCUGGGAGAUCUUCUGUUCGCCAUUGAAUCGGAUUUGCAAGUUUGGCGAAGUCACACCCGUAAGACAGUGAUGGAUUUCGUCAACGCUAAGGAGAAUGCGACCUACCUGUGGAACCUAGCUCAUUUCGUGUCCGUCCUCGCCGACAACAUUAUCUACGCAUGCGGGGACUUGCUGCCACUCCUCUCGAGCGUUACUUCACGUGACUAUUCCCAGGACGUCAUCCAACCUUGCGGUGGGAUGAGCCUGGAGACGAGUUUUUCGUUUUUGAAUCGUAUUAUGUCACUAGUUGAUGUCAUCGUAUUUACGAGCUCGCUUUCCUUUAGCGGAGUGGAGAAUAAUAGGAGUAUGAGCACUGGAGGAUUUCUACGGCAGUGCUUAAGACUUGUGUUCUGCUGUGCCGCACGCAAUCGUCUGGUAUGCCGUCAGCGCAAUCGACCCGUAUUUCCGCUGACCAAGGAUGGCAAGGUCACAAGGAAGUCACUCAAAGAAACACGGGAAGCCAUCAAAGCCCUGAUCGCCUCAACUGAACCCCCCACAGACAAAGACAUCCUUCAGAACAUCCCAGGUCACGUGACUACCGUGACGGACCCCGACAAGCUGCUCCAGGAGAUGGAUGUGAAUCGCCUACGCGCCGUGGUCUACCGAGACUUCGAGGACAGCAGGCAGGCACAGUUUCUGUCGCUCACUGUGGUGUACUUCAUCGCCGUGAUGAUGGUGGCUAAGUACAGGGACCUGCUCAAAAGCGACGAGGGUGACCCUAGGGCUCGAUUCAACACCGUCGAUACCACAGGCCAAACGUCCGAAUUCAACGGGUUAGAUGCCUCAGCACGUGGGCGCGCCGCCAGUUGGAGUGUUCAGCGGCAUCUCAACAAAGACGCUGACGAGGACGUGUUCUCGUAUGACGAGGACUUGAUGUCUGUCCCGACUUUGAUUAAAGGGACGCCCGACUUCAGCCGACUCAGUCUCGCCGACAAAGUUGAGGUUGGUUUCAAAUCUGCGGGCUCACUCCUGAAGGAGGUUUUACUGGAUUUCAGUCCCUUUCUGUCACGGGUCCUACAGGGUUCCCAUGGGCAGGAGCUAGUGUUUGAAGGUCUCUCGUGCCAGAAAAGCGACUCGUGCGUGGAGCUGGUCAUGCUGUUGUGCUCUCAAGAGUGGCAGAACUCUUUACAGAGGCACGGUGGCGCUGCGUUCAUGGAGAUCGUGAACGAAGGUAGACUACUCUCCCAUGCCAUGCGCGAACGUAUCGUCAUGACAACAAGCGAGGCUUACGUCAUCAUGUCCAAGCUUGAGUCGAUCCUAAAGCAGAAGCACGUGCAGUUCGAGGAGUUGUGUGACAUGACGCGUGCGCAGUACGCCGACGAGGACGAGGUGGAUAACAGGAUGCUGCUGGCGACGAGAAGGCGUGACAGUACUGUUGCUAAGCGGCUGUUACAAAAGAUCCUUGAUAUCUUGACGAGCGAGCACGGGGCCUGGGCACCGGAAGAACCCUUACCGGAAGUCCAGUUUUACAGAUUGGAAGCCUGCGAGGACGAGUCGCGACGGCGCAUGCGCUUAGUGAGGAAUUCGCACGGCUCAAGUCAUCCCGAGGCCACCCUCCUGGAGGCUCUUGAUGCAUUAAACCAGCCGUCUACAGCUGACAGCACGCAUGCGCUAAACUUUGCCAAGAUCACAUCCUCCGUUGUCGAGGAUACCUACUCCCUUGAUGAGGACGAGAGCGGAAGCGACAUCACAGCCGAUGAGAAUAGCCUGGAGCGAGACGAUACUGGUCACGUGGUCUUUAGCACGUCUUGUCACCUGAUCGCUCCGUGCGUGGUCGCGCCAGGCUCUUUGACCGUGUCCUCGACCGCGUUGUUUUUCUCCGCGGAUGAAGAUGACGAAGAGUACCAUAAGCUGGACUCCAAGGUCUUGUUGUAUAUGGAUGGCCUGCAUGGCAAGUGGCCCAUCGACCAAAUCAAGGCGGUUUUCUCUAGACGCUAUCUGCUCCAGAACUGCGCGGUGGAGGUGUUCUUCGCCAAUGGAACUUCCGCGAUGUUCAAGUUUCCUGAUCACGACUCGGUGAAGAAGGUGGUGCGUGCUCUUCCCCCAGUAGGGGUGGGAGCGUACUAUGGCAUACCACAAACGAGAACUUCCUCUCUGUACUCACCCAAGCAGCUGUUUGAAAAGUCAACGAUGACGUCACGAUGGCAGAAGCGAGAGGUCUCCACCUUUGAGUACCUCAUGUUUCUGAAUACGAUAGCCGGUCGAACAUACUGCGACUUAAACCAGUACCCAGUUUUCCCAUGGAUACUCACUAACUAUGAGUCAGACAAACUGGACCUCAAAGAUCCAAAGAACUACCGCGAUCUUACCAAGCCAAUUGGAGCAUUGAACCCAAAUCGUCACGUGCAGUUCUUGGAGCGCUAUGCAUCCUGGGAUGAAAACGACGACAUUCCACCCUUCCAUUAUGGCACACACUACUCGACUUGCGGCUUCACAUUAGCGUGGCUCAUCAGGCUGGAACCGUUCGCCACUCAGUUCCUGAACCUUCAAGGCGGCAAGUUUGAUCACCCAGGGAGGACGUUCUGCUCCGUGCAGCGCGCAUGGCAAAACUGCAACCGAGACACGUCCGACGUAAAGGAGCUCAUCCCGGAGCUGUUCUAUCUGCCAGAGAUGUUCUGUAACAGCAAUAGGUUCACAUUCGGUGUUGAUGAUGAUGGGAUGGUCAUCGAUGAUGUGGAGUUACCGAGCUGGGCUAACACGCCUGAGCAAUUCGUCACGAUCCACAGAGCGGCUUUGGAGUCCGAGUACGUCUCAUCACAAAUUCACGGGUGGAUCGACCUUAUCUUUGGCUUCAAGCAGAGAGGUCCUGAGGCGGUCAAAGCAACCAACGUGUUUUUCCACCUGACCUACGAGGGUUCCGUGGAUCUGGAUUCCAUCAGCGACACCGUCAUGCGAGAGGCUGUAGAACAACAGAUCAAGAGUUUCGGCCAGACGCCCUCUCAGCUUCUUCUCGACCCCCACCCCCCACGGGUUACACAAGAAAUGCAGGCACAAAUCAACCAAGAGCCCUUCAAAAGUAUUUUCCUCACGUUCAAAGUCACCGAGAACGUGCCCGUCACGUACGUGGCCGCACACACGGACCAGCAUAUCACCACGCCAGCGGUCGUCACCAUUAGUUGUAACCAGUGCUUUUCGGUCAACCGCUGGCUUGCAUCAGCUCAAAGUCUUCGCGAUGUCCGGAUUGAGCAAGAUCCAAUGCUUGGUACGCCUUCAGGUCGUCAGCGGCGUCAACUGGGUGAACCACUUGACCAGACCGUGACCCCUAGCGCCUCGUGCUUCGUCGUCACUUGCGACAACAGGACGAUCAUGGCGUGUGGCUACUGGGAUAACAGCUUCAAGUGCUUCUCUACCGAAAGCGGCAAACUGACGCAGUGCGUGUUCGGACACUCGGACGUCGUCACGUGUCUCGUGUACUCUCGUCACCAGGGCUUGGCCGGGGGUGAUGCUAUCGUGGUGUCGGGGUCACGUGACGCCACUGUGCUUGUCUGGCAUUGGAGCGAGAGAAUUCAGCGAGUGACGGCCGCGAGUAACUCUGUAGGUGGAGACCCCUCCCCCUUGGCGAUCCUCACUGGUCACGAACAACCUAUCACGUGUGUGGACGUCAACGCCGCCCUCGGGCUAGUAGUCAGCGGAUCGCAGGAGGGUCCAUGCCUUGUCCACACCGUGUCCGGGGACCGUCUUUACACGCUGCAUGGUCCGGACGACUGUGUCCGACCUCGCCUAGUACGGCUUGUUCCAGGAGGCUUAAUACUCGUGAAUUAUACUGACGAUAGCGGUCACCUGGCGGUGUAUACCAUUAAUGGACUGAUGCGGGCCAAGCGGAAACUCGACGAUCACGUGCUGUCGCUUGCCCUGACCAGGGAUGGUAACUUCAUGCUGGCUGGCGGGUUUAGUCGCAGCCUUACAGUGUGGCGGACAUACGACCUCGCCUUCAUCCAUUCUUAUCCGCCCUGUGACGGCAGCAUCCGGGGCCUCGACAUCUCCACCGACCAGAAGUGUCUUGUCGCUGGACUUGCGUCGGGAAGUAUCCUUGCCAUAGCAACGGACUUCUCACGAUGGCCUAUCACAUGAACACCUUCGAUGGCCUAUCUAUAUAACAUAGAAACCUGAGUCGUGUCUAGAUAUCCACUCCUGCAGCCCUAUAAUUUGAGGAUAGCUAGAAACUUGCUAUCUUCAUAAUGGACAAAUAUAAUCUAGACGUAGACACCACUUAUUUAAACAUUCUAAUUCUAGUCUAUGGUAUUGAAUCACAAGUGGUCGUGGAAAAUAGCGAAUUUUUGAGAAGUAAAUAAUACAAUUAUAAUCAAUGCAAGCAGAUGAUAGCAUUUCAGAAAAUAGCGAAUUAUUCAGAGAAGUAAAUAAUGCAAUUGUCAUUAAUGCAAGCAGAUUAUUGCAGCAUUUCAGUAAUUAUAAAACCAUCCAAGGAGACUGGUCCCAAGUGCUGGUCUGUCUGAAUGAAAUAUAAUAUAGCUCGAUGUUUGUGAGGGAAGGGAUUUAUUUAAGGGAGAGGUCGUUGGUUUUAAUGUUUUGCUCGGCGGCGUUGGACUGGUUAUCUUAGCAAGUGAGACUUCCAGAAUAGCGCGCAAAAAAUGUUGUAUUUGUUUUGGUCACCAGUUAUGCGGUGUCCAGUAAAUUAUCAAAUAGUUUAAUUCGUCACUUCGUUAAUGCAAAUUUAAUUUUUUUUUUAAGGCUUGGCACCUCUUUUGUCUUCACUCACAGGCAAUAAUAAGUAUGGUCUCCAAAAUCAGUGACACUUGUCAUCCCAGGAGCAAAAUUCAUUAGUUAGUUAUUAAUAUUUGUACUUAAUUUGCACAGAACCCUAGGGAUAUAGCUAUGAAUAUUAAGAAAUACGGUUAACUUAAAUGAUAUAAAGAAUAAAAUAAACGAAAAAUGCUGAUG